AUAGCAACGGCAGAGGCUCGCGCUUUACGGCACGCGGGAACGGCCCACAACCCAGGACUUGUAGUUCAACCGUUAGCGUUUGAAUCUGGACUAAAUCAAGACAAUGGCCAAAAGAAAAUCGAAGACGACAGAGUUCAAAACCCCUAAGAGGACGCAGCCCAGAGUGAAACGACAGAAAAGCGCUGAAGAAACAAACCUGCAGCCUGAAGACGAAAACAAGACACCAGAAUCAGAAAACAACAAUUCCCACAAUGCAUCAUGCUCAGACAAGCUGGAUGAACAUCAGCCUGGACAGAGCACAUUACAAGUCACUCAGACAACAGAAUUCCCUGUAGAUCCGUGUUGUUCCUUGGAAGAAAAAACAAGCCAUGAUGAUAAUGUUGAGCGUGGAAAUGGCACAAAUCCACCUGAGGUCUCUCAAGAGAUUGAACAAACUGCAGCGAUCCCAGUACAAACCCCAGGACUUGACAAUAGCAACAAAUACACUCUCUCCAGACCUUUGAAUGCAGAAGCUAUUAAUGUAGAUCAGCCCGACAUAGAGCUAGAGGAUGAAGAAAGUGAAUUCACAAGCAAUUCAAACCGUGAAUCUCAGAAGGUCCCAGAUGACUGUGACUCUGAAUUACCAUCAGAUGAGCAUCAAUCCGAGAAAGAAUUGUCACAUGAGGAAAAUAUAGCCACUGAACCAAAGAUGGGUGAACGAUUAGGGUCUUCAGACAUCGUAGCUGAGACCUCAGUUGACCAGAUAGGAAUUCAGAUGCUUGAAGAUGCAGGUUCUGCAGAUCCUCUAGUAAAGAGGAAAAUAAGAAAGAGGAUGGGAAUGUGUUGGCUUGGAGAAAAGAAGAAGAUGCUCAAAGGACAGCCGACUAGAGGGAAUGUGUUUGGAGGAGGUCAAGAGAACGAGGCGGGGCAAGUUACUAAUGAUGAGCCGCUCAUGAUGAGUGACAGUGUAAAAAAUGAUAGCUCCAUUUCCCUUGAACAAGAGAGAGUCACUGAGUUCGAGGUUUCUGUGCCCUCCUUCCCAGCCUCUUGCCCAUUGGAAGAUAUACCUGUACAGGAGGAACGGGAGCAUCCUGAUGUUCAGUAUGGGAAUGAAGUUCAGAUAUUGGUGGAAUGCAUGUCAAGCAAGCAGAUUACUCAUGAAACUGACAAUACGAUCCCAUCCCAUGCUAUUGAUGAUGAUCUAAACCCUCUCGAGCAAAAUGAAAUCAAAUGCAUGGAGCGAAAUGCUAAUGAAUGCAACAUUAGAGAAGAUAGAGAAGAUGUCACAACUGAGAUUGGCACUGAAGUACCUGUAGACUUUGCAGAAGUUUGCAAGGACUCAGUCGAUGAUUCAGCUCAAGGUGCAGUUGUGAUAGACAGUUCACUUGAAGUCCUCAAAGAGGCCAAUGAAGCCUCAGCAUCCACUUCUGAGGUUGCUAACCAUUUUGGAGAAGAACUCGUAGUGGGAGGCAAUGAGAUGGAGCAGUGUUGUCCGUGUGAAUGUGACAUGAACAGUAACCACACCAAUGAGCAGUCUGUGGAGCUCAUGGAUAUCGCGGCGAAUGAGACCAUCAGUGCACCUCCUGUAAUCCGUGAGACAGAAGAUAAGUGUGAGUCUUCAGACUUUACUAUGGUUGCCGUCACAGUCACAGCUGAGAACAAGGCAGACUGUGAGGACAACAGCGUGUCGAAAGUUACUAAAACGGAGCUGUAUCAUCAGUCAUUUGCAGAGCCUCAUCUGAGUCCUGUCGCUGAACCGGAUCCCUCCAGCCCCUUAUCCAUGCACUCCGUGACCGAUUCCCAGCUCAACAACAUCCCUCUGAGUUUGGAGGAUCUCUCGAUCUCAGAAGCCUCCUGUGAUCUGGAAGAUGCCACAGAGCUUGUAUGUGGCCUAACCAGAGAUAUUGCCUAUAUGAAUCAGAUAUUGAUAGAUGCACGCAGGAAGAUUGGAUUUGGGCAGCAAGGCAGAACACCUCCAAGACCACCACCCCACACUCAGAAAUAUAGGCAUAAUGCCAACAGAGUCGGAAUAUAUUUUUCUGCAUGAUAUAGUGUACAGAA